GCACGGCCAACGCUAAUAUGCGAUUGCGCGAAGCGGUCACUGAAGGUUUGCCGUUAGCUUUGUAACACCAGUGGGAGAGCGUCUUCCGUUGAGGGCUUUUUUGGGACAUUGCUGCUCAACAACACUGUAAUUGUUUUUGCCUUUGUUAUGCGCACGAUAUUUUACUCGCUUUCGCGCUGGUGACGCCUUGUUCACUACACACGCCGUGUUGACGCUAUGCUGCAUGCAUUGUUGUUGUACGUAUGACCACACCAAUGCCAACUGACAACGUUUUGACGGCGCUCAACUUCAGCAAACGGUACUCAUCUCACACUCUGUUGUCAUUGUCGCUGCCGCCAUGCAUGUAUUUGUGUUUGUUUUUUGCAUAAUUUUAAGAUUUUUGAUGAUUGUUUGGAACUGUUUAAAAACAGCCUGACAUCGUCGAAAAAUUAUCAAACCGCAAGUUGUUCCAUUCGAAUAAACACACAGUGCAAACGGUGGUGUAGUAAAAACACGAAAAUUAAAAAUUUUCAAACAAUUUCCAUACUGUCCUGUUCGACAAUAACCAACAACUACAACAAUAUGAAUUUAUAUCUUACCGCCACCUGUAUCCUGCUGCUGUCCGCUGGUGCAUUUGCCGAUCCCAUUAAGGAUAAUAAUGUCGUCACACCGGCUAGUGGUUUUAAUAAGUGCUUAGAAGCUGAUUCUAUCUCGUGCCUCCAACUAACGCUUUUCCGCAAAGCUAAAUCAUUCUUUGAAAAUCCACAAAUCGAAGUCUUCGGCGGCGUCUCACUCAUCAAAUCCAACGAGGGACGUCAGGGUAAAUCACUUGAUGACAAUGCUGUUGCCGUGGAGGCUGCACCCAGCGUUGAGGCACGCACCAGCGAAAUGGGCACCUACUUCAUGAAUCACGCUAAGAACUUCUUUGCUGAACGUUCGUUGAACUUCAACUUUGCCAAUGCCGCACGCUCGGUGGCACGUGCAAUUCCCGAUGACAUCAAGGCUGAUUUGCGUGAAUUGGUUGUUGAGUCGCGUACCAAGAAGAAGAAGUUGUUGAAAAAAUUGUUGCCAAUCUUAUUAGGUGUCGGUGCUAAGAUUGCUGUUUUGGGUGUCGGUGCUAUCUUCGGUCUGCUCUUCUUGGCCAAGAAGGCGCUCGUUGUUUCUGUUAUUGCUUUCUUCUUGGCCUUGGCUGCUGGUGCCUCAAGUGGUCUGAGCCGUUUGGGCGGCGGCGGCGGCGGUGGUCUGCUCGGCGGUCUCGGCGGAUUGUUCGGCGGAAAGAAUUCCGGCAGUGCCAGCGCUAGCACUGGUGGUUGGUCAUCGGGCGCUGCUUCAGGCGGCUGGUCAUCUGGCGGUAACUCCGGCUGGGACUCCCAUGGUGCCUACAGCUCGCCAGUUGCGCAAACAAUCGCCUACUCUGGUUACAAGCAAGCCAGACGGUAAGCGCACCGCAUGGAAGUUGAAGCGCAUUUUGCUAGCAUAAAAGCUGCUGCGCUGAAAAGCCAAAACAACACUUAGGGUAAUGUAAACAAACAAACUACAAAAUAUAAACUACAAAUCAACGAGAUAUAACCAGUACAUUCAUAAAAAUAAUAUUAAUCCCGCUGCCGCGGCAGUGAUAUUGCUAGGAAAGCAUUACGAAGCAAGUAAUCGAUUCAACGGCACCCGAACUGCAACGAAUUCAUAAGAAAAAACUUUAUUUAUUAUUAAUUUAUUUUAAUUUAUUUAUUAUCGCAUAAACAUAUAUAUUUUGUAAUGUAUGUAAUGAAAUGUAAAAGGACAAAAGGAAUGAAAGACGAUUGGAACAACCGAACCCAAAAACGAAUCUUCAUGUGCCUGAGGCAGUAAAGAGUUGGUCGGGAAGUGAGAUGAUUGUGCAUACCUAUACAUAUUAACGCAUAACUGUAUGUUAAUUAACGAAUCGCUCCAGCUCACUUCAUUCUUCAUACUGUACUGACCCUCAUACUCGUUCAACCAUCUAAUUUCAUGAUUUAAUUAAAUUAUUAAGCGAAAUAUUGUUAUGUACUUGCAACAAUAAGAGUAUUUGGUGUUUUUGUAAAUGCGUAUUGCGUAAUACAAUUUUGCACUUUGCUGUUGUAAGUUGCAUUAUUACAACACACAAAGUUCACCACGCGGAGGCUAUUCAAACACAGCCAUAUGCAAACAACUACACGCAUAUGUAAUAACGUGAAGACAACGUGAACGUACAGACAACUCAUGUCACUUCAACCUUUACAACAAAUAACAUAACGCGCACAUAACUCUUUCACUUAGCACAUAUCGACGAACAUCGAACAGAAACCGCGCAUGUACCUACUAGUCAGCUGAUUGUGCAACUUGCAACUAAAGAACAAUGAAAAAUUUACCGAAGCAGAAUCAUAGCUAUCAAUACUCUACUCAAUCACCAUUUUCCACUAUGAUUUCACCUUACUGCUCUAUAUACUUUUUCUAUUUUGUAUUUUCCGCUCCUACCUCUGACUUUUUCCGCUACUUUUUUUGUCUUUUGUAAUUGUUUUCUUACUUUAUAUAUCACUUAUCACUGCUAUAUCUACUAUAGAUUUAUUAUGUUAACUUAAGAUCUUAUUCUAUACUCUACUUAUUCCUAUCUGUAUCUCUAUUUAACCUAAAGUCAUGCACUGUACUUAGCAUUUUCUUUUACUGCACUAUCAUUAUCUUCACUCUGCGUUAUGUAAUACUAUUUACCUCUUACUAUCUUCUAUCUAUAUAUCAACUGUUUACUGCCCGCUAUUGAAAAAGACUACCACCAACUGAAAACAUCCUUAAAAAAAAACUACAUAUACAAAAGAAUGAAUAAUAAUUCAUGUAAAAAUUAAAAAAAAAAAACAUUUAUUUUCUUUAAAAUAUUAGAUUACUUCUGGUUCUAAAACAUCAAAUAUUACUUGUCGAUCAUCUUUACAGUAAAUAUCCACACUUAAAGAGAUUAAGAAAUAGUAUUUUAAAACUAAAAAAUUUAGAAAAAUUAAUAUAUACUGAUUAUUAAUUUAUGUACUUAAUUCUACACUCAUAUUCUUUGCUUAAUAAUAUAGCUUUUAUACGUCUUUACAUAUUUUCCUAAAAAUCCUCCAAUUCUUAGCGAAAUUCGAUUCAUUCACUAUAACAUUGUACGAAUUAUGUACUUGCACAUUCCUAGGGUUUUAAAUUCGUAUUCCACAUUUCAAAUUUCCAUGUCAAAUGUUUGAACUAAUUGAAACCCGCUUUCUAACUUCAUAGAACACAAACACAAUCAACAAAGCAUUUGAUAAUCAAAAUAUUUUAAUCUCAUAAUAACCGCUCACAGCUUUAUGGAUUUAAUCGAGUGCAUUUAAUGGCAAAUGUUAAAGCCAGUGACAGAUCUAUGGGGGGGGGGGAAUUGUUUGAUUGUCGAAUAUUUCUUUAAAAUCCAUAGCAAUUAAUAGCAUUGAACUUUCUGAUGGAGCGUUAAACAUAGCGCUAUCAGCAUAAUCAAAAAUCGAUAACUUAAAAGCGAAUUGAAAUUUUAGUACACCACUAUCUCUUUGUUGACUCUCAAGCCCAAAGAAACUUACAUUCAUGGUAAAUUUUCUAACCAAUAAACGAUAUUCGCAACUUCAGCACAUUGAAAAUCACCCUACACUUUCAUGCUUAAACACUCGCCAUGCAUUUUACAGCACACGUACAAAUUCCUCAGUUCAUGAGCAUCAAAAAAAUCAAUUAAUGACCGAUUGGGUUUGAGAAGCAAAGAAUGCAUACAUAUGUAGAUAUAGAUAUAACACAAGUGGAAUUUACCGCAUUUGAAAUUCAAUUUCACUCACCUUAAUUUGCCUUAUUUAAACUAUCCAUAAACUUUCCUUUGAAAUCAUUAAGUAUCAAAUAGAUAUGUAUAUAAAAUUGCGACGCUCAGCUCACCCACACACCUCACUGCCCCACUUUUGUCGCAACACUUGCAUGCUAAUCAAUUCGCGCUCAAAUUUCAUUUACCCAAUUCUACGCCAACUUUAUGCUGAUUGCAAUAAUCUAUAAUGGUCAUUUGUUAUGCAAAGAAGCCACAAAAAAUUAACAAAAUUCACUAAAUCAUCGCUACUCAAAUUUACCCAUUUUGUUUUGCACUUUGCUUUUUGUUUUCGUCUUUAUUCCUCACAACACUUCUCCUCCUCAACCUAAACUACAUUUUGAGCUCCACUACUCUUAUUCUGCUAUCUCACCGGAUUUGGUACUCUUGCAAUCAAAAAAUGUUUCCACAUUUCACAUUCACCUAUAGUCGCCUUCUUAGCAUUCAUUAGCUGCGCAUUUUCGCCGCUCAUAAAAUCAAAACCAAACCGAAACAAUUAACUCUCCUACAUAUACACAUGUUUAUCUGCAAAUAUUAACAACAUGUUUUUUUUAGUGCUAUUAUUUGUUGGGUAUACGUAUGUCUUUUCUCAUACAAUUAACUGAUAUUUGUGGAUAUUCUAGGAAAUUAGAAUUAUCAGAAUCAGUUCUCAUCCAGUUCGAAGAGUUCUAGUUCGAUUUUUAGUCCUAUUAUAUAUAAUUUUGCAUAAUAGUUUGAAGAAGGAUAGGGUUAUCGGCAAAAUUUCCCUUAAAUACCGAGUACUUAUUGUACAUGCAUAAUCUUCAAAUACAAAUGUACAACAAUCAAAUGCAACAGCACAUAAGGUGCAAAAGUAACAAUAAUAUACGCAUAAUGGCAGUAUCGCAUAAGACAAGUAAAUGAAGAAAGAAAUAUACCAAUAAACAGUUUAAAUAUAAAAAAAUAUAAAAUCUUGUCAUUUUUUUUUAAGAUUUAUACGCGUCAGAUUUGUUCAAUAAUUAGAACAUUAGAGUACUCAGUACCCUUGAAUGUAUGUCUAUAUAUGUGGUGUAAUUUUUUGCAUACAAUUAAAGCCGGUUAGUAAUGCCGCUACCAGCGGUGCAAACAGGGCUUUGCGAAUGAUGGCAGAUGACAGAAGAAAAGCGUUUACUCAAUUUUAAGCAGUUAUUUCACACGCAAAUACUUUCUGCCCGUAUUGAUACCCUGCAGGUACACUUAAGUUGGGUAAAUAUAGAAAAUAUUUAAAGAAAGAUGGUAAAAUUGCAAAAGAGCAAUAUUGGACGCAUUGAUAUAGUUUUGAAUUGUAUUAUGCAAAACUUUAGCGUAAUAAGUACUUGCGUUGAAAUUGAUCCUGUGUUUUAAAUCGGUCCGACAACAGAAUCUGGGUAAUACGUUACUAGUAUUAAAGACUAUAUAUGUACUAUGGCAAAACACCAAAUAAAAAUAUGUUUAAUUUUUAGAAUA